UUCUCCCCCGCCAUCACCACUUUAGCUGUCAGGCAGUCUUACAUACCCAAGCCCAAACACCGCUGAUAAUGGCGUUCCGUCUGCCCCUCCGCCGAAUUGCCCUGGCACGCCCCGCCGCUGCGCGUGGCUUCCACUCCACGCCCCGGGCCUUUGUCAAGGCAGGGGACGAGCUCCCAAGCUUCGAGCUGUUCGAGAACUCAGCCGCCAGCAAGGUCAACCUGGCCGAGGAGUUCCAGAAGGGCAACGGCUACAUUGUUGGCGUGCCCGGCGCCUUCACCGGCACCUGCUCCACCAAGCACAUUCCCUCGUACAUUAACCACCCCAACCUCAAGAGCUCCGGCCAGGUGUUUGUCGUCGCCGUCAAUGACCCCUUUGUCAUGAAGGCUUGGCAAGAUCAGCUGGACCCUGCCGGAGAGACUGGCAUUCGAUUUGUUGCCGAUCCAACUGCCGAGUUCACAAAGGCACUUGAACUUGACUUUGACGAUGCUGCCCCUGUCCUUGGCGGCACUCGAAGCAAGCGCUACGCCUUGAAGAUUGAAAACGGCAAAGUCACUGCUGCUUAUGUCGAGCCAGACAGCACAGGCACCGCCGUGUCAAUGGCCGAGCAAGUUCUCAACUAAGAGGUAGAGCGAAUGUAUGGACAGAGAUUUGGAUUUAUAGGAAACCGUUGUGCCUGGGCCAUGUCAAGUCAUGCUUGGCUUGCUCUCUUUUUGAGUAUUAGUGUAUACUAUUGGCCACAAAGGAAACAUGUUGCUCAUACGCAUCCAACAAUGGAAAUACUUAUAGCUUUACAAUGAAUACAUGUAUACCGCUA